CGCGAGACAGUACAGAGAAAACGAAGCUGCGCGCGCGCUGCUGCUCAGAACCAUAGACUGUAAAUAAAAAGCUCAGAGAAACCAACUGAAAAUAACCGCCGCUUACGAGCUCACACCUGAGCACAGCCACAGGAGUAGAAACCCACAGGACUAGAAAUGGACUGGUUCCACUGCAACCAGUGCUUCAUCAGGAAAGGGUACAAGUUUGCUGUGUCCAGCUGUGGCCACAUCUUCUGUGAACGAUGCAUCAAAUCCAAGCAAUGCAGUGUAUGUGGAGCCACCUGCAGUUACCUGCCCAUCACAGAUGAGAUGAAACCACAGGAAAAGGUGUUUUUCCAGGACCCUGUGAAGCUCAUCCAAUCACGGCUGGAGCACAUUACACAGAUUGCACUUUUUCAGGGAUCACAGAUGGAGCGAGUUACAAUGCACUUCAAGCACAAAUCUAUAGAGCUGGAGAGGCGUCUAAAGGAGGUCACUGAGCAGAGUUACAGGCAACUGUCGGAGCUGAAAAGAGAAAACACCGAGUUAAAAAAGCAGCUUUUAGAGCUGAAGAGAGAAUACACCAACUUAAAAAAGCAGCAUUUAGAGCUGAGAAGAGAGACUGCUGAACUGAAUAAGCCGCUUUCUCAGAGGAGGGUUUCUCCAGGACUGUUUCAUAUCGAAGGUUCCCAAAGGAUGUCACUCCCUAUUGCUGUCACCUCCCCAGUUACCCCUCGCUCAAGAACUAUGAGUCACCAAGGCUCAGCAGAGCGGCAGGGGUGGGCCAGAGACAGAGGUCCCAGUCUCUCUUCCCUCACAACUCCUGGUUCAGCUACCACUAUUUCAAGCCACAGUUCUCUUCAUGAGCAUGUUCACAGAACACCUACACCCUACAGCACUUCCUCAAGAACUCAGCGUCAAACUCCUGAUACUUUCCAGUUCCAGUUUUUGAGUGGAUUAUCAAUACAGUCACCCAGGCAUUAAUGAGAAAGGCCCUCUAACAUUUGAAGAGCCAGUUUUCACUUCCAGUCUUUGGCCAAAUAUCAAAACUGUUGCAUUUAUUACAAGAUAUAUGUUUAUUUUAAGUAAUGCAUGGAUAUUCUACUGAUGUUACCUUGUUCUUCUGUUCAGGCAUUAAACUGUGCCAUUACUUUGUUGGUUGACUUAUCGUCAUGUAUGUGUUCUUACUAUGCCAUUAAAAGCAAAAAAUUGGUCACUACA